AUGCCUGUCGUCAAAAGGACCGACAUCGAUUGCACUAAUGCCUCAGAUGCCAGCCCACGAAAGCAACUUUUCCAAGACCACUUCUUCUUCAAGGCAGGGCACGAGCGAUCGCUCACCCAAAUCAAGUUUAACCGCGAGGGCGAUCUUCUUUUCACCUGCUCAAAAGACCACGUCAUCAAUGUCUGGUUCGCCGACAAUGGAGAGCGGCUUGGGACGUAUGACGGGCACAACGGAGCGGUGUGGACAAUAGAUGUUGACUCGCAAUCCCGCUUCCUGGUCAGCGGUUCCGCCGACAACACCAUGCGCCUCUGGGAUGUCGAGAGCGGCAAGUGCCUCUACGUCUGGGAGUUCCCCACUGCCGUGAAGCGCGUAGCCUUCAGCGAGGAUGACAGCCAGAUCGUCUGCAUCACCGAGCAGCGCAUGGGCCACCAGGGCGCCUUCCGGAUAUUCAACAUCAACAGGGAGGACGAUGGCACUGACCAAUCGAAAGAGCCUGUAUCAUUCUUUAACCCUAUCGGCUCAAAACCGACGCUCUGCGCGUUCGCGCAUACACCCGAUCUAAUUCUGUCGGGGCACGAGUCCGGGAAGGUCGCGUUGUUCGACGCCAAGACCGGCGAGGAAGUCCUCUCGAACGAGCGCGCACAUAUGGAUGUCGUGACCGACCUUCAGCUCAGCCCCGACCGCUCGUACUUCAUCACCAGCAGCAAGGACAAGACGGCACGAUUACACGAAACAAAAACACUGACUGUCCUCAAAACAUACACAACUGAGACGCCCCUCAACAGCGCAGCGAUCGCCCCAGGCAAGCCGUACGUGUUGCUCGGCGGUGGCCAAGAUGCGAUGAGUGUCACAACCACCUCACUGCGUCAGGGCAAGUUUGAGACACGUUUCUGGCACAAGAUCUUCGAGGAGGAGGUCGGACGAGUAAAAGGCCACUUCGGACCAGUGAACACGAUUGCCGUGUCACCAAAAGGCGACUGCUACGCCUCCGGAGGAGAGGACGGGUUCGUGCGAGUGCACCAUUUCGACGAGAGCUAUUUCCGUGCAAAGCCGUAUGGUGACCUUCAGAUUGAGAAUUGA